UAUCACAAAACAGAUUAAAUUCAAAUGAUAAGCAUUGUUGAAAAAUAAAAAAAUUAAUAGUAAAUACUGAACUUCAAUAACGUUAUUUACCUACCAUUUAAUAGUAAGUCAGUUACUUAUUUAUCAGCUCUAUAAUAAAUUAUAACUUAUCAUUACUUUUUCUUCAACAGAUGCUUGCAGCGUUUCUACUGCGUUUUGUUUUAAAUAAUUAUGUGCGUAAUUGAUGUUAUUAUUUUAAUUUUAUAAUUCCUAAUUAAUAGAUUGAUUUUAGUGUUUAAUCGCAUUGGAAUUUGCUAUUUCUCAUAGUUCGAUAAUAGUGCUUACACUGUUCCAAAGAAAUUUAAUUUUCAUUGAAAUAACAUUUGAUUAUCAUAUUACGGUAUUUAUGAUGUUUUAGGUACCUAUUUGAAUUAGUUAAUAUCCAUUAUUUAAGAUCUAAAAAAAACCUAAAAAACCUAAAAAAAAAAACAUUAAUUAACUAGAGUAUUUUAUUUUUCUUUAUAGUAAUAUACAACAUCAUACAGUAAAAAAUGUCUAGGAAAAAUACAUUGCUAAAAACGAGGUACAAAUAUGAAUAUUAAAAUACUUAUUAGACAUAUAUUUUUAAUGCCUUGGGGCUUUAUUAGGAUCCUCCCUCUAUGAUUAUCUUUUAACUGUGUAUAAAUAGAUAAAUAAAUAAGUAAUAAUAUUAUUACUUAUUACUAUGUGAAUGGUAAUUUCGCAGUCGGUAGCAUCUUAAAUUUGUAUUUUGUAUGCAUUUACACAUUGCAUGAUUGUUGUGUCUUCAUUUAAUACCAAACCAUAAGUUAAUAUUUUUCUUUUUGGUCACUUCAAACUUUGAAAGUUUAUGGAUAGAUUCCGGGUUACAGACAAAUUACCUACAUUGUGUUUAUUAUAGUUAAUUAUGAAUAAUUAUUAUUCUUAUCCGUACGUUUCUGUUAUUAUUUAAAAUUAAAUGUUAAUAAUAAUUACUUUAGUUUAUCUGUACCUCAAAGUGUGUAACUUGAUUGUGUUAAAUGAUGAAUUUAUAAUUAGGUAAUUAUGAAAACAAUAAUAAAAUAAGAACUUGUUUGUUUUUGAUUGAACGGUAUUUGAUAAUACUGCAAUGUAAAAUAAUCUGAGGUGCAAUUGAGUAUUGUUGUUAGUGGCGUUUAUUAAAAAUAAAUUGUUUGGCUAGUCACAUUAAUUAUAUAAUUAAAAAUCUAAACAGUUAACAAUACAAUUCUUAAUGAAAAUAUUUGAUCAAUUAAUAUGAAUUAAAUUUUGUUUUUUAUUAUUUAAGGUAUUGCGAAUAUUUACACAUUGACAUUGUACAUUAAUGUUACCUAAAAACUACCUAAUACAUACACUUAUUAAUGUAAGCAACAAAAAUAUCCAUAAAAUAAAUUGGAAUACUUUUGAUUUUUAAUGCUAUUAUUUUUAUUUAUUACUAAAGAAUUAACUACUAAUUUCAUUAAUAAACAUGUUUAAAUAAUAAUAUUUAUAACUUUUAGAUUUACACAAUUAAAUAUUUUCAACACUUAUAAUUUUGGGAAAUUCUAACCAAAAGUUGAAAAGAGAAAGUAAUGAAAAAAAAAUUACAAAAAUUCAUAUCAUGUCACAUAGGGUAUGUCAAUAAUAAUAAUUAUUGGCAUACUGUAUACAUUGCAUACUUUUACAAAAUUGUGUUAUUUAUCAUUUUUAAUUAUGAUUUUCGAAAAUUAAUCAUUUUAAUAAAUAAUUAUUAAAAUACCCAUUACAAUAUAAUAGUUAUGUAGAUAUAAUUUUAGGUACUUAUCUAACAUUUUCUAAUGUCUAAAAGUUAGGUAUUUAUUUUUAAGAUGUUAAAUAUUUAACAUUAUAUUAUAAAUAGAUCUUGUUUAUUUUUAUUUACUUUUUUGUAAAUGAUUAUUUUAAAGUAAAAUUAUAAUUUCUUAUUGGAUAAUACGGUAAAAUGUUGUACUUAAUAUGUAGACUUUAUAAUAAUAAAAUAUAAUCUUUUAAUAGUUAUUUUUAAUUAGUAUCAUAGUAUCAUAAAUAAUAUUAAUUAAUCAAUUAAUUAACAAAUUUACUAUAUUUAUUAUAAUAUUGGGUUUUUGUUGUUGUUAUUUUUGUCUAUAUUUCAACACUGAAUAUUUUCCAUGUUUUUCAGAGCCGAUUCGAGUUCAAAUAGAUGUCUGUCAUCUUCGCCCGGAGCUAUCCGUCUCAUUUCAGCUGCUAGAUUAUAUACAUAUUCAGGAUUUGGUCCACUGGUUCCUUUGCAAGCUGCUAUCCGGCAAGCUAUUUGUUGAACAGAUGCUUCACCGGCAUACCAUUCGUUAUCUUCGUCAGCUAUGUACACCGUGACUUCUGCUGGUAUUUGAUCUUUAUUUGUUUUCGAGUGGAAUUGUAUAAUCUUUUUGGUAUAACCUGCACGUUCACGUAGGUCCAAACCAGCACACACAUUGGCUAUGUCUCGAUUAUCAAUUGCAUAUGCUAUACCCCAUACACAACUCUAAAAUAACAUUAAGUUUAGUACUAAGUUUUGUCUUAAGCGAGCCGCUAUGUUUUAUCAAUUUAUGUUAUUUAUUUAUUUUACAUACUUAAAUGUACAAACAAAAUGUCCUAUUACAAAUUAUAUAAUAUGAACACAUAAUAUAUAUUUAUUACAUAGGUAUAUGCAUAAUAUACCUUUGUAGAAAAAUGAGUAAAACAUAGUGCCCGUAAAAUGUUUAAAUAUAAAUAAUAUUAUUCAGCUCACAUCGUCGGUUGAAGGUAAAAGGGUUACCACUCGUCCAGGCUGAAAUAUAUUUUAAACAUACAACUAAUAUUAUCUUGACUAAAAUAAAUAGAAAAAAAAAAAAAAACAAUUUUAUCUUACUAGUUCAUUGGUUCCUCUAUGAUCCGGGCUAAAUUGAUAAAAUCGUCUGGUGUAUCCUUUAAUGUAUCCAGGAUAUUUUUUGAUGAAUGGAAAGUUGGUCUUCCACAUCAGAGACCCGUAACCAAAUAUCCAAAACAUAUGGUUAGUUAUACCGUUGGUCAGUACAUUGUGUAUGUGUUGAUUGUUUUCUGAAUUCUCUGGUUUCAUUAUUUUUUAUUAGUAUAACUUUCUAUAAUGGAAUUUUAAAAAAUAAAUAAAAUAGUUAAACUUUGCUUUGUCUGUAUUAAUUGUUUAUUAUAUUUUUAACAUUUAUAUAUGAUAACAAUUUGAUAGGGUUUCUAUGGAUUGGGUGGCAAAUAUUAUAACUGAAAAAAUCAAUACCUGUUUUGCCAUUACUUUUUUAGCAAAUAGAUGGCGUUGUUGAACUUACAGUGCAAACUUGACUGACUAAAAUAUUAUGUUUGUGUUAUUUAAGAAAAAUGUAUAAAAUUAUAAUCUAAUAUAUUUCAUGAACCAUGAGUAGGUACUGUUUUAUACAUUUGAAUACAUUAUUUGUUUGACUUCUUUUAUUUGACCUUUAUUUUAUUGGCUACACUCCAGACUAAAAUAGGUACCUAUACAUGAUUUGAGUAGGUAUAUAAAAGUAUUAGAUAAAAAUAUACUAUUUUAAAUUUUGAGCAAAGAGGGGGACAAUAUUAGUUUUGCUAAGGUUUUUUUUCUGCAUUCUAAAGAAUUUUUCUACCAAAAGACCUGCUCCAAUAAUUAACUUCGGGGAUGAUUUCAGGUGGUAAAGUUUAACUCGUUGGUGUACUAGCGUAUUUAAAAAUGCAGUUUUUUAAAUCUUCCUCGUAAUUAUUAGUAAUAACACAAUAAUGAGAGGAAACCGGAAAAAUCGGAAUAUUUACGAAACAACAUUUUCUGUUUCUAUUGAAAUUGAUUUUAUUUUAUUUUUGUUGUAAUUUAGUAAAUAAUAAUCAUAUAGACCUGCAAUUAUCGUCGAAAAUAUUUGAGGCUAGAUAGCAUUUUCUCGGGGUAUGUAGUUAGAUUUUCGAAACGUUUCUCCAGCCCCUCCGUAUUUUUUAUUUUUUACAUUAGCAACAGCAUGAAAUCGCGGCAAUAGUCAUUUAAAUGCAUGCUUUACGUGCUAAACAUUGGUAUCUAUACAAAAUUAUACCUAUUGAAAUAUUUGAUGUUGGGGAGUUGGUGAAAUAAUGCUCGUUAUUACUAUCAAGUGCUUAAUCGUGAUGUAUUUUCCAUAAAUUAGAAUGCAAAUUGAUAGGCUAAAAAUUCUGUACAAUAGGUUCGCCAAUGGCUUAAGCACUCACAAUUUAACUUUAAGCAACCCCAGAUUCUAUGUCUUUGUAAUUUCAAAUAGGUACCUACAAUUUUAACAACGUAAUUUUAUUUUUAAGUAUUUAUGAUCAAUAUUAUAAGACGUUUUUCCAAAUCUCUACAAACUAAUAAUGCAGUUUGCAUUAACCAUUUCAGUCUGUUCAGCAACAUGCUAGCGUAGUUUUUCUUCUAUGCGAAAAUUAAAAAAAAAUUGCCUGAGAAGUAGUAGUAUGAUACAGCGAUGGUUUAUCAACGUAACAGUAGGUAUCAUUAUCAUCGAGAGACUUAACGAAUGCAAUUAACCCGGAAGAAAUAUUGAACAAAUUUGCUUCCAUCGAUUGGAAAUUAUUUUUAAUAAUUUAAUGCCCAUCACACUGUAGAAUAAUUUAAAGUAAUAUGUGUUUAAAUUUUCAAUACGUUAUGUCGGGGAGUGCGGGGGCGGAGCCUUUCACGUCUAUGUGAGUUUCAUAAUUUUGGCACCCCUAAGAUUGAACUCUAGUUGCACCGCUGUUCGCCAUUAGGUGAACUUUUUCAUCAAAAAAUUGAUGCGAAUAAUAAUUAUAAAUAAUCGAUUUCAAUGUGUUUUUACAGGUAUAUUUUGGUUGUAAAAUGGACGAUUUUGAUGUACUCCCGUUGCACCGAAACAAACAUUUCACGAAACAGUGUUGCGAUUUGAUCAAUUCCGAAUGGCCACGCAGCGAAACAGCCAGGUACCACCUACUUGUUGAUUUCCAGUAUAGAAAUGUUGAGUUACGGUUGUUUUUGUUUAUAAUUUUUAAAUAAUAUGAUAUAAUAAUAAUAAUUUAUUUUUUAAACGACGAAUAAAUAUGCAGUAUGAAGUCUUCGGGAAAACGGUUAUUCCGUUUUCGAGUUUAAAACACAGCAUUUAAACACGAGUAAUAUGUCGUAUCAGAGGAACGCAUCAAACAAAAAUUGAUUUUUUUUUUUUAUUGACGAAUAUUAACCAAUUUUUUUUUCCUAGUUGGUAAUUUUCUAAUGAUUAAGAAUUUGGCAACCCGUGUGGCAGCAAGUACAUUCAGGUCAUGUCGAUGCAUGAUAAAUGAAUAUUGAAGAGUCCACACCCGCGUUCUAAAUAUUAUUUUUGUACGCUAUUUUUAAUUUUAUCGAGAACAUUUCGACUAAAUUUAGCAAUACGGUACGGCCGCAGAUAGCCAUUUAUAAGUUAUCACCAAACAGCAAUACUUGAAUAUUAUUCGAUCUCUGAAAUUAUUUUUAUUAGGGGAUUUUUUUUUUCGUCUAUAUCGAACCGCUCACGGGUAGGCCACUGUUGUUUGUAAGCAGUUGGGGAGGUAGGAUGUACAGUGUAGUUUAGUUUACAUAUUAUACAAUACGCGACGAUGAAUUAUUGCAAAAGAAAAUUGUAUUUUGCUCCGUAGUCAAGGUCACGAAAAAACCAACGGAUACAAAACCAACUUUGUUAGUUUUAAAAAAUUGAAUUGAACAACUAUUGUCAGUCUAGACAUUUUUUUAAUAUAGUAUCUACUUUUUUUUUUUUUUUAGGCUUUUACGAGCCAUUUAGGCUCUUUGCCGCCAAAACUACUUCCUUCCAUCGCUCUCUAUCAUNAUCUCUCUUCUUACAAGCUAAUUAAUAAAAUAAUAUACUUAAUUACAGAAUAUAAUAAAACUUUAAAUACUUGAAAUAUGAACAACAUUUUUUUUUUUUUUUUUUUAGGCUUUUACGAUCCAUUUAGGCUCUUUGCCGCCAAAGCUACUUCCUUCCAUCGCUCUCUAUCAUAUGCCUGCUCCCAGUCCACUCCAAUUCCUUCUAAUAAUUCCUUGACGCUGUCCUUCCAUCUUUUCCGCGGUCUUCCCCUUGGUCUCUUUCCCCUUGUCAUAUAUGUCAAUAUAGGGCGGAUGUAACUAAUGUAUAGAUGUUCUUUUGUUUUUUUGUUUUUCUUGACAGCAGCUUAGAUUUAAAGAGGGUUUUCAAAUAUAGUAUCUACUACUGGUCAAAAAAUCUGCAUCAUCGGGUAUGAUGCUAUAAUAGCCUGGAGCCUUCUUACUUGGUAGUGAGCAAUUGUUUUCCGAGAAAAAAUAAAAAAAAAAUACCUAAGCAGUUAUUGAAAAUUUCAAUAAAUGUUUCAAAUAAAAUACUAUCAGUCUGCCAGUGAUUAUUGACUCCGUGAAAUUUAACCUUCCAAUAGUAUGCCGGAGAGGGGGGUAAAUUUUUGCGGUUAUCCCGUGCAAAUAUUCCGAAUUUUCCGGAAGUUACUGCUUGAAAAGUUGGAACAUUAUGUAUAACUAAAAAGUAUUUUCAAAAUAAAAUAUGAAAAUAAGUCAUUUUUCGUACAAAAUAUAUUGGGCGAAUAUAAAACAAUUCCUGAGGCAAGAUAAAAUACGUACUUGGUAAAAUUGAUGGCUAAAACCAAUUUAUUAAAAAAAUUAUAUAUUCAAUUUAAAAAAAAAAAAAAAAUGUAUUUUAGACAAAGUAGCCAUUUUCAGGUUGAUACGUUCCUCUGAUUAUAAUUUCUAAGCAGACAAUUUUAUUCGAAAAGUUAUUAAAUGUAUUAUGUUAUUAAACACGAUCUUUCGCCGUUACGCGGAUCUUAGCGCCAUUUUUUUUGUGAAGAGUAUAUUUUUGGUAUUCUAACGAUUUUACCGUCGAAAACUAAAAUAUUUUACGAUAUUAUAACAGUUAUUGUUAGCACCAUACUGCAUACAUUUCUACCGUAUUUAAGUACGUGUAUGUAUUUCUGAUUUGGAAAAUUAAACGAUAUGACGAAAUAUGAAAAUAUGUAUUUUGUGUUUUAGACUUUACAGUUUAGAAAAUUCGUGUGAUACAUUACCUACGUCUUUGGUGUUGGUUAAAAAUGACGGAAACAAUUGCAAGACUGUUAUAGGACACUUGAAACUUACGCCAAUACCAUCUAUGCCUGAUAGCGUGUUUGUAGAAACUGGUAAAUACAAUAUUCUUUUUUUUUUUUUUUUAAAGUCAUUAUUGAGAUUAAUAACAAAUAAAAUAUUAUCGAUAUUUUUAUAGGAAAUAAAUUAAAGAGAAAAAUGUUUCCUAACCUAAUCUAACCUUUCGGUAGAAAGUCAAUGGUAAUUUUUCACCAUUUUGAUCAAGUAAUUAUCUAUUUCUUUUUUUCAACCAUUACAUAAUAAAAUUUAGCGUUUGCUGUUUUCAAAAUUAUACCUUAUCCAUACACCUAAAAAACAUAAACUUUUUAUUUUCAAUAAGCAAAACGGUCAUUAAUUUCAAACCUCGUUCGAAAAGAGAAUGUUUUUGAUUUGUAUAACACUAAUACUGAAUUUUUCAUUUAUGAGUUAGAAGUUAUAAAUAUCCUAAUAAUUUAAAAUUUAAACCAGAACCCAGAAGAGUUACUAUAGUCUACUAAAGAUUAUGAAAUUGAUGGUAUACACAGCCGGUCUAAAUUUUAAACUGUUUUAACUGUUUAACUGAAAUUAUUUUUUUCGGUUACUAGUUUUCGUUAUUUUAUAUUGUUUUUCUGUUUAAUAUUGGUUUUCUCUUUUAUGGUUUUUAAAAACCAGUUAACUUUGUUCUUUAAAAAUAUAGUUAAAAAAAAAAAAAAAAAAAAUACUUUUUGGACAAAUCAAAAUUUAAGACCUAUAAAAAAAAUGUUUAACACAUAUUUGACUAUAGCAUCAAUGGUACAACGCCAUUUACUUUUUUAAUUUUUCAAACCAACAACAGUGUAACCCACACAAUGUAUCAAAAUUCUCUUAAAUAGUUUAAACCCAUACAAAUUUGUAAAAUAUUAGAUUUAAAUGUAUUAUAAACUUUUUAAAAACGCAGAAUUUUUUUUUCGUUUAAGAAUGGAAAGUAAUAAUAGUUUUAAUUAAUACGCUGUUGUUAUUCUGAGAAUCUUAAAUUUUAGUUAAAUUUAUGUAAAUUGUCUGAUGUAACCGGUUAACCAGUUACUGUAAACUGGUUUAACCGGUUUGAGUCCUUUGUUAUUACUCAUAAACAGUUAUUAUGUAAUGCAUAAUCAAAUUUAAAAAGAGAAAUUUAAAACAUUUGAUAAAAAGAGUUUGCCAUUUGAAAAUAAAACUUAAACCAUCUUUUUAUUUUAGAAGCAAUAUUAUGGAUGGAACUAUAGAGUUUUCAUGUAUUAUAAUUUCAUUAUAUUCACAAUUUUUUUUUUUUUUAAAUAAUUCAAUUGAUUGGUUCCAUAAUAUGGACUAUUUAGUUUACUUUUAUUGGUCAGAAAGUAUUUUCCAAAAUAAAUACUCAUCGACAUGUUUAAACUAGGUAUUGAAUUCUUAUACGCUACGUUUAGAAAACUGAUAAUAAUUAUAAUAAUAUUUUACGGUUUCAGUGGUCAUCAAAACCAAUCAAAGAGGAUUAGGAUUAGGCAAACAUCUUAUGUACAAGUCUGAAGAAUAUAUAAAAACGUAAUAAUAUUAUAUUGUACUCAUUUAAAUGGUCUAUAAAUAAUAUUAUUAAUUGUUUCAGGUUAGGUUUGAAAACUGUAUACUUGAGUACCAUAGACAAAAAAGAGUUUUACUUGAAACUCGGAUACGUUGGAUGCCAAUCGAUUUCGAUUUACGGUAGCUUUUCGAGCGCCGUUAACAAACUGACCACGAAUAUACCGCCGCCGCCCUCCAAAAAGCAGUACAUGAAAAAAAAAUUGAUGUAAACAACGUUUUGUUUAUUUUUGUUUAUAUUUUAAAUAUUACAAACAAGGAAUAAAUAUCACUGAUAUAAACUUGACGUGUCUAUUGCACAUUUCAGUUAACACAAACUAACAGCAUUAACUUCAUAGUAAUAAUAAUAAUAAUAAUAAUAAUAAUAAUAAUAAUAAUAAUAAUAUUUAAUAAUAUUUAAUAAUAAUAAUAAUAGUAAUAUAAUAUAUUACAUAAUACAUAUAAUAUAUAUGUAUAUAAAAAAUUACAUAUGUACAAUUUAAUUGAGCCAACGUAAAAUAAUAAUAAUGAAAUAAUAUUAACUAAGUAUCUAACGCAUUUUCAAAAUGCACAAUUUCCAUUUAUAUAUUAUAUAUGUGUAUAUAUAUAAAAAAAAAAAAAAAAAAAAUUAAUUAUUGUGAAAAGUAAUAUUCUCAAUCGUAUUGUUAAUAUUUACGCUUACAAACGGAUUAAAACUACAUAGCGAAUACACCUCGAAAACUAACCAGUGAAUUACGAUUAAUACAAAUGAGUGCGCGACUGAAAUAAAUCGAUGUCUUCGGCACCUUUUUUAAAAAUAAAUUUGAUAUGAUGUUUUGUAAUAUUAUAAUACGCAUGCCUAACUUAACACAAUAUACAUUAUUAUUAUCGUCAUCAUCUAUUAUCUAUUUCGUAUUCUUACGUAUAAAAUAAUAUAAUAUAAUAUGUAUUUACAAACGUAUACCAGCGUGGGUAGUUCCGUUAUAUUUACGAGACAUGAUGAUAUUAUAAUUAUCGUUUUUAAACUAUAUUAUGAAUAACGUGUAAAUGUUACAAAAUUUAAUUUUUAGAUUUAUUUAAUUAUAUAACGUUUUGAUUAACACGUUUCAGACCAAAAAUUAAAAUAAACGUAAGAUAUCAAAAUUGUCAAUCUUCGUUGAAAACAAUAGCCCGCAGUUUGAGAAACCGGCGUUUAUUAGAUAGAACUCGUGAUCGUUUGAAUAAAAAAAAUUAAAAAUCAGCACGACCCCUGGAAUUGAACACUUACAAAAAAAAAAAAAAAAAAAAAACUAUCUUUGGUUAAAAUACGUAUAAAGGUAUGUAUAGGUAAUCUUAACGAUAUUAUAUAAGUAAUUAUUAUAGUUUGUCCAACGCGCGUAGUAUUCAUGUGCAAACGCCCAAACUUACGCAACACGUGCCACGUCGUAUUUUAGAAUUCAGUCUUGGCCAAGUCACUUUACAAAAGCAUUACAAUUACAAUUCAUUGACGAUUAGGGUUUGGAACUCGUAGCGUUUCGCAUUAUUCUUUAUUAAUGUCUUCAAAGUAAUAGAUAAGGGUUGACUAAUAGGUUUCCGAUUAGGACGAUGAUGAGGACGAGAAGCCCGUCGCCCGCCGUGGACCCGAAAUUCGGCCCCCCUCCCCCGCCUCCUCAAUACUGGGUCAUGGCGUGCCAUAAUACAGGGCGAACUUUUAACCGUUUAUAUCGUUAACAGAUCGCUUGUAAUUGUUCAAGUUGCACCGUUAUUGCUUUGUAAAAAAAAAAAAAAAAAAAUGUAAUUAAAUCGCGUAAUAAUUACAUUUACCCGUAAUAUACGUUACUUUAUUGCCCAAGACUGUAUUUGUAUUAUAAAAACGUGUUGGUUUUAAAAAUAAAUCGUCGAGUUACGCGUGACUACGAUCGUCGAGGCGUGAUGUGUACGUAUACGUUACAUUGUACACAGUAUUAAAAUCGUCGGUGUCGUACGAUUAGUGUAUUUCUAAUAUUCCUAUAUUUUAUUGUAUACACUUAAUAAGUCUAAGUAUGUGUGUAUAAAAAAAAAAAAAAUAAUAAUAAUAAUAAUAAUGACAACAUUACAGUCUCAAACGAACAUAUACGUACAGCAGCGCAGUGAAAAUCUGAACAAUAAGUACACAACCCCUAUUCGUCGGUGUACCCUAUAUCUAUUUUAACAAUAUUAUGCAGGCAUGCGGGGUCACGAUAAACGCGUUUACCGCCCGAUUACCACGAAUACCGACAUUUACCAUUAAGUGGGCGUGGAGUACCAGUUGUGGUGAUGGUUCUUCAACGAAUCGGCCGCGUACACGGACGACGGCGGCGGCGGCGGCGGUCCGGUGGCCAUCGUCGAUUUGGCG